AAUUGAGAUGAUCAACUCUUGUUGGUCUCUGGUCCCCGCUUGUUUUGGGGAUUUUCAGCCUGGGUAGAUCACCCCAAGGUCUCGCGCCUUUAGACAGCCUGUGAUACCAACGGCGAGGUACUGAUAUCGUGGCCAAGAAAGUAGUAGGUACCAGUACUCCAUAUCAAAAUUGACAAGGUUUGCCUAGUUUUUCCCUUUUCUUCUCCUUCAUCGACUACACAUUUAGCAGGACUCCCCAUUGCUGGAAUCUGUUCAGAUUCCUAAUUGUCUCGUGCUGUCUCUGUUCCGGGAGUGUAAAGUGACUUAUACCAUAGUCUCUUUUAUACACUGACACCGUCCAACCCUCGAUUGUCAACUGCACCUUCGAGAUACAAUUAUGAUUCUGAUGAUCCCCUAGAUUUGUGCAACUUAUCAAGAAAUCUCUUGUGCAACAUUACUCAACUCCCAUCUCGAUUUUCUUGGCAGUUCUUGAAGGCCCAGCUUUAGGUCACCAUCCGCGUGUAUCAGGUUGGAGUACAGUUGAGCUCGCCACUGUACUGAAGCAGAUUUGAACCGGAAUCUCGGUAGAGAUGCCGGGACAAAGCGAACUCACACUUGAGCACCAGUGGUACAACCCAGCCAUGAAAGGUGGCAUACGAACCCUACCACCCGAAAUAGUUCUCCAGAUUCUAUCCUAUCUAUCCAUUCAAGAUUUGCUUGCUUUUGGCACAACUUGCCGCCCACAUCAUGCCUACCAUCUCGUUAGCCUCAAGCGUCUACGACUUGCUGUCUUCGAGAAGCGCGUGCACUCGAUCAUAGCCUCCUUACAGGCUGGGUGGUCAAGGCCCGACCAACUGGUCACUUUCUGGGACAAUGGUGACCAGGAAUCUAGCUACACAAUCUCAGUGGUCCGCCCACAGAGCAGGGCUUCAAAGGGCGAUUCAGGACGACGAACCUCAGCACAGGACAAACCACGCUCACAAGAGCAGAUGGUACGACUGCAGAACCAAAUAUUCACACGGGUAGUCCGGCGAUACGGACCGUCAUUACGAUACCUUGAAUUCAUGGCCUAUGACCUGAACCUAGACGGUGCGGCAGCGCUAGGCUCGAAGUGUCAGCAUACCCUGCGCCAUCUUGCUCUGCAGUUCGAGCAUCCAGUGAGAGGGUCUACGACAUGGCAUCAGCCUGCGCCGCCGAGCGAGGCGUGGAAUUCGCUCAUCGGCAUCGGAAGUCGAUGUAAGAGCGCUGGCCUGCAUAGCCUCGAGACACUUAUUCUCCGGCGGGCGGGGAUUACCCCGUGGCAGUUGAUGAUGCUUGUGAAACGGAAUCCACGCCUGCAGACCUUGAAACUGAGAACCUGUCGAGGGGCUCGCCCCGCGUUCUUGUUCUGGCUUGGCGGAGCCAAGAAUGAAUUUGAAGAGGUUGAGCGUUCUGAUGAGCAGACAGCCGCGCCUGGUGCAAAGCUCGAGGUCUUCUGGUUGGAACACUGCUAUAGACUUCUUGCGCACCCUAUCGACCAGGGCGGAAACCCACUGGAUGAUGAGCAGUGUGACGCGGGUUUCGAAUGGGUGCGAGGACUGAAAAGCUUACAGUCCUUAUCAUUUAGCGAAAGCGCAAACAUGCCGUCUAAACUAUUCGACCGAGCAAACAAGACAAUCUGGAAAAUUCCAGAUGUCGUCUUACCAUACUGUCUCUACGACGAAAACACUAGCAUAGCAGUGGAUCCUCGCUGGAAGUAGGGCAGGUCGUGAAAUGUGCUGUUUCUUUCUUGAAAGCGUCCGUCGACGAGUUUAUGACCGGUUAUGUAUGGGAUAUCAACCGAAAUGAUUUGACACUGUAAAUAAUGCUUCAUAAAUGGUACUGGAUCCAUGACCUUCCUCGUUUUAGGUUUGAAUGUCAUCUGGCUGGUCGUGGGAUUG